UGGGAUUCAAAAAGGGAAACCUCUCAAUGCCCAUUUCUUCCCUCCUCCUCCUCUAACCUCCUCCUAUUUUGCGCAUUCUGAGCCACCAAUUUUGAUCCACCAUUUUCAGCCCUGCGGAUCCACAGCGAUUUCAAAAACCCCACUUCGUGUAAGGAUCGGAUUGUUUGGGGGUCUGAAAGCAAUGGAUGUUCGACUUCCGAUUGUUAUUGUGGAUGCAAAAUUUUGUGGAUUUCACUGGUUUUCCAGUUGCAACCAGGAGAACUUCUCGGAUGCUUUCAUGAUCACUUCAAACUAAAUCAGUUUCUGAGGAUCCUUAUGAAGUCAUGGAGCAUCCUUAUGAAACACAACUAAAUGGGGAAGCAGCUGAUCAUGAUUUCCAGAUCUGUGGAUACUCUUCUUAUCCAUUAUCUAACAUUCAAAUGCCAUCGCCCUUGUUUGAUUUAAGAGUCUUCUAUGUCAGGUUCAGUAAUUUCCGGGUGGAUGAUUUGACCCCCGAGUUUCUCACUCUCAACCAUAUCCCUCUAACUCCAAACACCCAUUUGGACGUCAAUGGUGUUAGAAACAGUAAUUUCUCAGGCUUUUCUUCUCUUCUCAGAAGAGAUAGGGUCAACAAGAACUCUGAAGAAGCAACAUUUGUGAGCACUGAUACCAUUAGGCUAAUGGGGAGUUUGAAGUUUGAGGUUUUCAAUGGAGAUUAUCAAAUUCUAUCUGGGGAAUUGUCUCACGAUGUGUGCACUGGAGACUCAAACACCAAUUCUUCUAAGAAAAAAUGGAGCAUGAACUGUGAAUCUGGGGUUGUUGCUGAUGCUGCAUUCUUGAAGGGAAAGCUCAUUGCAGGACAGCAAUUGAUCAGUCCAAAAAUUGAAGUGUACAUUGCUGGUAGCUUUUCUGGAAACCCCGUUGUCUUAACGAAAACUCUGCAACUCGGCUUUCGAAAGAAACAUGGCCAUAAACGCAUGUUGGAUGCAAUACCAGAAUAUGAUACCUCUGAAUGCCACAAAGAUUCAUAUCCCCUAUAUGAUUCACAAGUUUCAGAGUACAGACAUUAUAGACCAGAAACUGAAGAUAACUAUGCUAACAUGUACUGGAGAACAGACAACAUGGAAAGAGAAGAUGGUGAACUAUCCUGGUUCAACUCGGGCGUGAGGGUUGGUGUAGGAAUCGGACUUGGUAUCUGCUUGGGGAUUGGUGUAGGAGUUGGCUUGCUCGUGCGCACUUACCAGGCAACUAGUCGAACUCUAAGAAGGCAGAUUAUAUGACAUGAUUUCUCUUACUAAUCUUUCAUUGGAGUCCUUGUCUUAACCUUGAGAUUCAGAAAGCCGACAGCAAUGGUUUGUGUCAAUAAUAUCCAUCUCUGACAGCAGAAUUUGUGUCCUAGCAUGUUUGUUUCACAACAUGUGUAUAGAAGCUCAGCUAAGCUAAUAUCAUUUCUUUAUCAAAUGACUGCACAUUACUCGUUGUCUUCUUGUGAAUAAUCUGUUUCUGAGAUGUGAUUGAAAGGAAGACUGUUUUUUGA